AUGCCAUCAUUUCGAUCUGGAAACUUCACAUUCGUCGGAACCCAUUCGCAGCUGGUGCUGACAUCUCGCGGGGAAAUCAUCUCGGCGGGAAAUUUCCACGGAGAGUACCCGGCCAAGGCGAUGGAUUAUCUCGCGAUCGGGAUCCACGAGUUGGGGAGCAUGAGCGAGAGACGCAUCGAACGGCUCGUCAAUCCCGCGUUGAGCGAGUUGCCGGCGUUCCUGACCAAGAACGGGGGACUCAACUCGGGAUUCAUGAUAGCCCAUUGCACUGCAGCCGCCCUGGUAUCGGAGAACAAGACAUUGUGUCACCCGGCGAGCGUGGAUUCCCUCUCGACGAGUGCGGCCCAGGAAGAUCACGUUUCCAUGGGUGGAUUCGCGGCCAGGAAAGCCCUUCAGGUGGUGGGAAACGUGGAGAAGGUGAUAGCGAUAGAACUGCUCUGCGCGUGCCAGGCGAUGGAAUUCCUUCGCCCGCUUCGGACUACGACCCCGUUGGAAGAAGUUUAUCGGGUCGUCCGGAAAGUCGUCAGGCCGUGGGAUGAGGAUCGGUAUAUGUCGCCGGAUAUCGAGGCGGUGAUCAAGGUCCUUCAGACGGAAAAGGUCUGGCAUGCCGUCAAGAAACACAUCGACUACUUCCAAUCCGCCGAGACGAUCGAGAUGCGCGUGUUCAGCCCCACGGCCAGCGGGAUCUUGGAGAGGCCGCGGCCGGGCGAAGGCGGCGGACGGAAGCGGUCCCGGUCGAGGCCGCCUUCGGAGUCCGAGGCGGAAGCGGUGAAGAAGCCUCCUCUCGCGAGGCGGCCUUCGGAGCCGGAAAUCCUGAAGAAGGUCGCGUUCGUCCGGCGCGCGGAGGCCGACCCGAAGAAGCCCACGUUGGCCCGACGACCCUCGGAGGCCGAAAUCGUGAAGAAACCUCCGUUGACCCGGCGUCCUUCGGAGACCGACUUGAAACGACCCCGCAAAAAAUGAAUUUCCCGUCCGCCGAAGACCGACUCGACCGCGGCAAGUCUUCGACGUCCGAUUCUGACGCAAGACGUCCGAUGACCCUCGGAAUCCCGUUUGUAUAGCCCUAAUGAGACUCACUGCUUCUUUGUUUUUAUUCAUCCGAGAUAAUUAAAAAAAAGCUUAUUCAUGCCCGAAACGAC